AAACAUGAGUGUGUUUAGCCAGCAGCUGAACCCCACCACCGGCCGGAGGGAGUGGGGGGUCAUGCCUGAAGACUACGACUACAAACAGGAGGUUGCCCGCUCUGCCUAUGCCGACAUGCUGCACGACGCUGAGAGGAACGACAAGUAUUACGAGGGGGUGCGGCGGGCUGUGGCAACACUGCGGCGGCGUGGUGAGGCGGUGAGGGUGCUGGACAUUGGUACCGGAACUGGCUUGUUGUCAAUGAUGGCGGUGGUGUGCGGCGCUGACUCUGUGACGGCCUGUGAGGCGUUCUACCCGAUGGCCGAGUGUGCGAGGAAGGGUCUGGCUGCAAAUGGGUGUGGGCAGAAGGUCCACCUCAUCCCUAGGCGGUCCACAGAAAUCGAGGUGGGGCCAGGCCGGGACAUGGAGGAGCGGGCAAACCUCCUGGUGGCGGAAGUUUUUGACACAGAAUUGAUCGGGGAGGGUGCCAUUGAUACGUACAGGCAUGCGAGGGAGCAUUUGCUGACUGAGGACGCCCUGCUGGUCCCCUCCGAAGGCACGGUGUACGCACAGGUGGUGACCUCUGAAAUGCUGCAACGCUGGAAUAGGGUGUCUCCUGUGAGGUGGCCUACUGGUGGUGAUGGUGGUGAUGAUGCCGAGGUGCUAGUGGCCAUCCCCCCCAGUGUACAGCAGUGCCCUGGGGCUGCAGCGGUUCACGACCUGCAGCUGUCACAGGUUCCGCGCCACUGGUUCACCCCCCUCUCACCCCCCCUGCCGGUUUUCAAGUUUGACUGGAGUGGAAGGAAGAAAGACCUGCCGUGUGACGAGACGACAAGAAAGAAGUUUAAUUCGCUGAGUGACGGGCAGUGUGACGCAGUGCUGAUGUGGUGGGAUGUGGUGAUGGACAGUGAGGGGGAGGUGUUGCUCAGCUGUGCACCCUUUUGGGCUCAUCCAGACUGUGAGGGCAAGGGCGGGGCGUGCAGUAGUGAAGAUGUCCCCUGGCGCGACCACUGGAUGCAAGCUGUGUACUACCUCCCCUCCCCCUGCUGGGUCUCCGAGGGCGCCCAACUCACGCUGGUGUCCUCCCACGAUGAAUACAGCCUGUGGUUCAAUUUGCAGCGCGUGGAAGGGGAGGAGGUGUGCGAGGACCGACCAGCUUGUCAGUGCGGGAUCCACAUCAUCAACUCUCGGACUCGUUUAGGUCAGCUUAACGACCCGGCCAGGCUUGAAGUGUACCUGAGGGUGCUGCGCCAUCUGGUGACCCCCGACACUGUGCUGCUGGCCCUGGGGGAUGGCUGUGUGAUGGGGGUGGCUGCGGCAAAGAUGGGGGCGCGACAUGUGUACCUGACAGAGGGCAGCGAGGUGGGGCGUCGGGUGAUGGAGGCCUUUAUAGCAACCAACCGCGUGCAGGACAAGGUCACCAUUCUUACCGAGGACAUCAGCGACACAUCCUUGACCCAGCUGGUGGCCCCUGUGACGGCAGUGUUCAGUGAGCCGCACUUUAGCACAUCUUUACUCCCGUGGCACGCGCUGUAUUGCUGGUAUGCCCGGAACACCUGUACACACCUGCUGGGGCCCACACCUGUCCUGGCCCCCUGUCGGCUCACCCUUUGGGCCCUCCCGGUGUGGUACAGGGACCUCUGGAAGAUAAGGGCACCUCUAAAUACCUGUAAUGGCUUCAAGAUGGAUGUUUUUGAUAAGCUGAUCGAGGACGCCUGUAAGGAAGCAGAUGAAAAAGUGGAGCCUCAUCCGCUGUGGGAGUAUCCAGCCACUGCACGAGGCACUCCAGUACCCCUCCUGACCCUUGACCUUUGCCCCCUCACCAUCCCUGACGGCCCCAUCAGCAGCGAGGGGGCCGUCACCCUUCCCCCCCCUGGAGUCGUCAACGGCAUGGCUCUCUGGGCGGACUGGCAGAUGACGGAAGUGGAGGGGGAUGUGGUGACGACAGGACCCACCCAGGAGGUCGUGGUGGGGGACUAUGUGCAGUGGGACAGGUACAGCCGGCAGGGGGUGUACCUCUUCCCUGCCCCCCACACCCUCCACCCAGGCCUCCACCACACCCUCCACCACAGCACCACAUUCCAGCCACAAGACGGAACUAUGAUGUUUGAAUUCCACAUCUCUUCUUCCUCCUCUUCCUCUUCUUCUUCUUCCUCUUCUUCUUCUUCCUCUUCCACACCUGUCACCAAGCCAUAUUCCACACCUGAAGGAUUAACAGGGAAGGAGUGAAUGGGUUUGUGUUUGUUUGUUUGUUUGUUUGUUUGUUUGUUUGUUUGUUUGUUUUGUUUCUCUGCUUUUUUUCUUGUUUUUUUCUUGUUUUUUUUGUUCUUCUUCUUCUUCUUCUUCUUCUUCUUCUUCUUCUUCUUCUUCUUCUUCUUCUUCUUCUUCUUCUUCUUCUCGUUUCUGUUAUUUCUGUUAUCUCUCUCUCUCUCUCUCUCUCUCUCUCUCUCUCUCUCUCUCUCUCUCUCUCUCUCUCUCUCUCUCUCUCUCUCUCUCUCUCUCUCUCUCUCUCUCUCUCUCUCACCAGUAGAAAAAUAAACAAAUAGAAAAUAAUAAUAAUAGUCAUAAUAUUUAAAACUGCUUGGCUUUUUUAAAUACAUCGUAACACACACACACACACACACACACACACACACACACACACACACACACACACACACACACACACACACACACACACACACACACACACA